UUUGCCUCUACCAGAAUCUCAUCCUCUGAAGCCAUCACCAGUGUGUGGAGCCUGCCCCACACCCAUCACCUACCAAACCACGGCCUUUACCUGUGUCUUCCGCUGUUUCCCGUGCGACCCUUCUUGUGGGAGCGCCUCCUGGGCUACCCCAGAGUUUACGCAGCAUUCAGUGGCUCCAAUGGUGAAGAUGACGAGGUCCAAGACUUUCCAGGCAUAUCUGCCUUCAUGCCACAGAACCUAUAGCUGCAUUCACUGCAGGGCUCAUCUUGCCAAUCACGAUGAACUCAUUUCCAAGUCCUUUCAAGGAAGCCAAGGGCGAGCAUACCUCUUCAAUUCAGUAGUUAAUGUGGGUUGCGGCCCCGCAGAGGAGCGGGUGUUACUAACAGGAUUACACGCAGUUGCAGACAUUUAUUGUGAAAACUGCAAAACCACACUGGGCUGGAAAUAUGAACACGCUUUUGAGAGCAGCCAGAAGUAUAAAGAAGGCAAAUACAUCAUCGAACUAGCUCACAUGAUCAAGGAUAAUGGCUGGGAUUGAAUGGGAAGAGCCCAGCCAAACCAGCGUGUAAGAGAAUGCCAUCCAACAGAACAUUAUAUCCAAGAGUGAGAGAGUGACCGAACGCUUGGUUCCAUGCAUUUAGAGGCUCUGCCAUUUGGGAGCAUCUUCACACCCUUCUCCAUCUUUAUUGGUGACUGGCCUCUAAAUUUCUGUCUCUCCGUCUCUUUGCUUUUUAUCUGUUUGUGAAUUGACCCUGGCUGCUUCUCUCUAUGUUCUGGCGUUGGCUAAGAGAAUGCACCAAAUGCCUGACAGCAUUCCAUGUUUAUGAAUGUCAAAGUACAAACUGAAGUUGGCUCUUCGUUGGCAUUUUAUCAGAGGGUCUCAGUGUGGGAGGGAGACCAGAGUUUUGGGCAGGAGGAGAGAAGAAGGGGACGGGGCAGGAGGGGAAGUAAGCAGGAACGAAACUGCUUUUCCUUUAAGUCCUGGUAACCAAGGCUUGAAACCAUGGACAGAAAUAUACCUCAUGACUGCGUUCUCUCUGAAUCUCGAACCUGCUGUUCCAGAAGCCGAGCUCCAGAUUAAGCUGGCUGAGCACAAGUUGUAACCAAAAGCCCCUUGCUAGCUAAUUCCUGAAACUGAUGUGCAAUUCCAUCUUUUGAUAGGUUGUUUCAUACUAUUCACACAGUCGCCUUUUGUGAACUUCUUGUUGUCGAGCUUGAUGGCUAUAGAGAUUCCCCAAGCUCUCUCCUUCUGCUUCUCCCUCCUCCUGUUUCAUAGCAGAUGGGCAAACCAUCCCAUCAGAGCAUGGCUACGACCUCAGCACUGCUGGGGAAACAAAAUUCUGAUCCUGGGCAACUGAGAGAGGAGGAGUCAAAUCAUGUAAUGUAGUGGGGCUGGUGCUGCAGUUUAGGAGAUAUGACAGACAUGCAAGAACACGGGCAUGUGCUAGGAAAAUAUGUAGGGGGAGAAGGCUGUAGGCAAACUCAGAAACAUAUGAUGCCAUAUUAAUUUUCCAAUCCUUACUGUGUGCCGUUAGGGCGAAUCUGUUUACCAUUGGCAAUGUUAUAGCUUGGGAUCCAGUCAUCCUAAUAUGUAAUGGGAAAAUGGCUUUAAUAGGAUCUUUAAAACUUCAGACUCCAGCCAUCAUCUCCACUCUUUGAAUCCAGCAGAGAUGUGAUGGAACAGUUAGUGUCUCUGGUGGCUGUUAAUAUCAUGUUUCAUAGGUGGCUAUUUCAAGCCCUGAUGUAUCCCUCCCAACCUCGACUCCUGGUGUUUUAAAAAACCUGUUUCAUACUCUGGAAGACUGAAACUUAGCAUCCCCCAAAUGGGGUAGCCUCGGAGUUGUAGGGGGAGAAGAGGUUUCAACAUCUAACUGCAGCGGACAAGUCCUACUUUAAUUUUUGUAAAUUAAUUUUUACGGGCCAUCUUUGUUGUUGGUGUGGGAGAAAGGGAGAAUGUGUAUAAAAGAAGAUAGUGUACACAUAAAUGACAGUGCAAAGCUUCCUCUACAACAGUCCAGUCAGUAUCUGGUGCAGAACACAAGACUAUUUAACUGAAUUAGUAUUAUCCAUCGAGUGAAUUCUUCUUGUUUGUGGAAUUCUUUCGAAGUAGGUUAAUUCUCUGGGGGAAAUCCCUCUCAAUCCAGGGAGUGAAAAAUAAUGUGCAGGGAUUCAUAGCUCCUUAUGAAAUUGAACCUUCUGAUGAUUAGACCCUAAUGCCGCCUUUUUUUCCAAUAUUCAGGUUAGCAGAGUUGAGAGGAUUUCAAAAUCACAUUUGCUGGUAAGUGGGGAGGUGGGGGGGAGGGAGGAAUGCAGAGAGAGAGGCUAGUUAGAAGUUUGAUUAGACUUCUGUGUUCAGUACCAGUGCUUAAAACCUGAAUAGCUUAUGUGAAAAGUGGAUGUUUUCUCUUCUGCUCACUAGAUGAGUGUGGUGUCCAUGGCAUCACUGGUAAUAUUUGGUUAUUACCCAGAAGUAGGUGACAAGAUGGAGACUGAGUGUUACUUCUGGAAGGGAUGUACUGAAUGCCUUCUUUGGCCAUUGUGUUAGGAGGUGGCUUCUGCCUUCACCCUAUCUGAGGUGAAUAACAAGACCACUUCAUCUUUGACUUCUGCUAGACUCUACUUCCAUCAUCCUCAUUCCCCUCCAUCACCGCUACCUUCAACAAAAAGAAUUCCUCAGUACCCAUUAGCUUGUUGACUCUGGCAUUGGCCUUCUCUUCAUUGCCCUUUCCACUCAACGUUUUGUUGGUUUUGGCCAGUAAGGAGUUAUUUGCUUUCUUUGGAAAGCUCUUCUCUUUCCCUGAAAACAGUCUCUAAAGGGAUCUGAUCUGAAAUGGGAGAAAAAAGGGAUAACCCACAACAGCUUUUGUGCAGAUGGGAUACAGAGCCAUACCUAGACUCUGCUAAUCUUCCCUGAAUAAGUAUAAUUUUAUGCACUACAGUGAUCGCGAAUAAAAAGCCAACAUGCCUAUAAUAAUCCCCCAGUAUUCAGUCUCAAAUACUGCAGAGUUACCCCUGUAAAUUGUAAUUUUUUGCACCAUUAGUGUAGGAUAUGCUGUACCUCUUAAAAAUAAGGGCACAGAAUGGUGUCAGAUGCAACAAUUUUUAUUCUUUGUGUACUAAGAACAAGAAAUAAUAUCUCAGACGGCAAUAUGCGGUAACAGUUUACAUAAAUUGCAUUUUUUAUGGCGACCACUGUAAAUUUGAAUAUUUGUGGCCAGAUCCUCAGUUAAUGUAAAUUGGCUUAGUUUCCUUGACUUCCAUGGUGCUACACCGGUUUCAAUCAGUUGAGGCCUGGGCCCAGAUCCUCAAAUCCUGAUAUGGAAAAUGUGCGAAUGCACGCACAUGUGCACACGCAGGCACACACUUGACUGUAGGUUGAUUUUUAUACACUGUAUAAAGAGAUAAGUAAAAAUGGCCUGCUAGACUUAUUUAAUAUUUGUUCUCCCUCAUGUGUCAGCUAAACCUAAAGUGCUUCUUAUGAUGUAAGGUCCACUGUUAACUCAUCUGUGACCUGCUGUAUUAAGACGUAUGAUAGUAUUGGGAGUUGAAAACAAAACAGAGUGAUGAAAUUUAUAGGCUAUAACAAUCAGGGCAUUCUCAGUUGAUUAGUUGCAAAACAAUAUAUUCAGAACAUAGCCAAAGAAUCACACCACUUGCAUCUCAUUGGUCGAGUCAAUUAAUAGUAGCCAGUUAGUUACAUCAAAGGGUAGGCAAGGCAUGCCCUUCAUUUCCAAGAUGGAGCUGCAGUACAGAGAGCGAGCAUGUCCCAGCAUUCAAUGUCCAGAUCACAGUGGAGCACUGCAUACUGGGAUUUGUAGUCUCCAUGGGUGGCAGCCUCAGCGAAGAUGAAAACUGCAAGUUUUGCUCCAUUUUCUGCCCCCCUCCUUAGUUUCUAGCAAACUGCCACCAAGGCCCUUGGGCAAUGCAAAUUCUGGGCACCCCUGAGUUUACAUCAGAGCCAGUGUAUCCCAAAGCUAAACUUUUUGGUAGGUUUUAAAUGUUUUGCUCAGGCGGAUUAUCUUGUGUAGAAUCGUGACCCUGUAAUAAAUAUUCAGAUGAUAAUAUAUACAGAACAUAAGCAUUAUCUUGUGAAAUAUACUUUUGUAAAUAAUAUUUUAAUUUUUUUAAAAAAUAAUAUAUUUGGUGCUGUUUUCUCAGAACCCACCCCUGAGAGCACUUUUUUGGGUUUUGUUUUUAAAUUAUACUGUUUCCUCUGUCUUAGUUGGAAAAUAUGCUUAAAGGGAAAGAACAAUCAUAAAUAUAUGCGGUUUUCUUAAGUUGUUACACUUUUCACCUGGACAAGGCAGAAAAAGGGCGAAUAACCUCUAGUUCCAUCCAGCAGAAAUUACCUCCUACGCAGGCCAUUGCCAGGUUACAAAGAGAGGCCCCCCAUUCAGGAAGGUACUGAAGCAUGUGUGUAACUUUAAGCACAUCUGAAUGCAUGUGUGUUUAAAGGUAUGCACAUGCUUCAGUGCCUGAGGUCCCUGACUUGCAAUUGGAUCCACGUGGGAAGACCUUAAUUCCUACAUGCAGUCUCUUUAAUGUCAGUGGGGCUCCGUGUAAGUGCGUAGAUCUGCCUAAGUAGAUCUGAUUGCAGGAUCUGGGCCUGAAAUAUUCUCUUGCACCAGUAUUGGCUAGAAUAAAAUAAAUAAUGAAGAUUUAGAAUGUGGAAGUGAAUUUAAGUUGCAACCUCAGAAUCUUUAUUUCCCAUUGCUUGGGGCAAUGGGGGCAGGGGACGGAGAAUUCUAACUAAUCAGGAAUUCUAAUUUGCUUUGCAAAUAUUUUUGGAUGUGGAUCCUGGUUUUAAUUUUGUUUUUAAUAUAAAUAAACCAGGCUGCUACAUAGUGAAUUAAAGUACAAGUUUACAUCUCUGGCAGUAAAGUUCUUUCCCCUCUCCUCUUUGUCUUUUUUUUCCCUCCCCUCUCCCCCUUAAUUUUUAUUUCAUUGGUCUUCUUGUUUAUCUCAAAGUGGACCAACAGCACAAAUCAUUAGACUGUGUUUUGUUGAGUAAGGAGCUAUUUGCAGUGCUGAGUAACUGUUGCACACACUUUUAUUUUCUCUUUUUGGUGCACACAUUUUAAAGGCAACAAAACCUGCACAUGGAAUCUGUGGUUCUUGUGAGGAUCAGCUAAGAAUUUUCUCUGUAUGCGUUUUCCUAAUUGAUAUGUGAGUGUAUUAAUCAUGCAUUUCGUUUCUAUAUGAACCAGUUCUUGGACAAGCAUCCUGUUGGGUAAACAGAUUUGAAAUGCAGAGCUCAGCUAAGUAGUAAGAGCUUUCCUUGCCAGAUGAGAGGCCUGAGAAAUGGAACGUUCAGAAACAAAAAUGUUAUGCAUUGAUUUGGAAGAAUCCUGUUUUGAAAGAACAAACAGGAAGGGAAAAUAAAAUCACACUUAAUAUAAAAACAAAAAAAUUGACAUUUAAAUGCAAGCAGAAUGAUGUUGUGUAAGGUACAAUCACAAAUAAGCUAUUCUCGUAGUUACAAACUGUUUUGUUUUUCAUAAAGAAAUGGGAAUGCUUUCCCACUGACAAAAUGAAGAGACAAUAUUUCCAAUACCAGCCUGUUUAUUGAUGCUCUUGUGUUUACAAACUGUGUAUACUUUUAUUUCUUUGUUUUGAUUUAACUAUAUUUUUGGCAUAUUCUUUCAGGUCAUAUUGCUUCGGUAAUAAAUGCAAUUGUUUGUUUUUAGAUAAUUUGUCUUCACCUCUUUGUGUCUUUGUACAUUGUACAUAGUUCUUCAGUAUUAGAGGGAAGCAUACUGUUUGUCAGAUUUACAAUAUGUGUUGGUGCUCAUUUGAGAAAAUAAAGUUUUCAAAUAUUAAAA